AUGGACACCUCGAACCUAGUAGCCGCCUGGCUAUCCUUCGCCGCGACGGCGGUCGGUCUCGGCGGCCUGAUCACGCAGGCGAGCGCCAUCAACGACAGGCUGGACCCGUUCCACGCCAACCGCACCGCCGAAUACCUCGGCGUCUGGUUCCGGCGGCAGCAGAGGUUCCCCUGGUGGCGCAUCGCGAGGCCGCCGCCGCUGGGCCCGGUCAUCACCGCGAAGCUGUCCGACGGCUUCUGUGGUGUUAAUCACAUCCACAUCACGCGUAUCCCGCUGGCGGCGGCGGGGAAGGCGGGCUGGUCGCUGAUCCUGGCCAUGUUCAACUCAGAGGCUCCCGUGCGUCCCGGACCGGCGGACGGGGAUCAGGCGGAGAAGGCGGUGGUGCUGGAGACGAGCUCGGGGAGUGGUGAUGUUGAUGGUGGCAGGGAAAGCAGGGCUAGUAAUAGCAGUGACAGCAGUGGCAGCAGUGUCCCCGUGUGCGCGAUGUGGGAUUUUCUGCCCCGGAAGGCACUCACGCGCCAUAAUAGGAGCGCGUGUGUAAUGAUUUCGCGGACGACGCUCAUCACGAUGCUGGUCAUGACGAAUGCGCGGCCCGUCUUCCAGUACAGUGAUGCGACGGGGGUCCGGGCGGGCUAUGCGUCGUAUUGCGGGCAAUGGUACAUCACGUGGCCCAUCGGCGAGGAAGCCAUCAUCAAAUUCGCCGCCCACGACUCCAUCGGCACCAGCGAGGUCCUGCCCCGCAGCUUCGUGCAGCGCGUCGACCGCUGCGGCCAGAUGAUAUCCGGCAUGAUAUGUGCCCCGGCCUCGGACCUCAAAGUCGCCUUCUGCGGCCGCAAGCCCCCGGGUGUCUACAGGCUGGAACAUCUCGUCAAGGGGUUCCAGGGCGCCCACGGCAGCCGCCACCUAUACAACAUGAUGGGCGGCAAGGCGUAUGACGUGGACUUCAUGUUCGCGCGGCCAUCGUCCUCGGAGGCCAUCUCGGACCACGAAGACGGGGUUGUCGUGCUCGAACUGCUAAGUAGCACGGACAUGAAGAAAAGCAUGGCCGGAUCUAUGAAGAUGGUUGUCCCCGCGCCCGAGCAGGCCGUCCUCAGACACGCGCUUGACUGUCUGCCCUGGACCUCGCUGUCCUGGAGCAUGCACCGUGGCAUGCGCGAUGUUUUGCUCGCAUACGCAAAGCCCGUCAUGGACGCCCACAGAUCGCAGCUAGCGGCGCAGCUGCGCCGGACGGUCGCCGAGAGGGCGGACGCCCUGCGCGCGUGGGGCUGGGAUGCGCAGUUCGUGCGUGACAACAUGGCGCACAUGGCCGCGUCGGCCGUGCUGGCUGGCAGUGGGAACUCGGGCGAUUCGGUCAGGGUGGUCACGGAUAUCGUGGCCGUUAUGAUCGGGGACUGGGAUUUCGCGCAGCUAGACGAGGUGUGCUUCUGGAGGCGGUCCGCGGCGGAGGAAGGAGAAGGAGGAACGGAAGCGCAGCAGGGCGAGCUAGAUGCGCAGGCGGUGGUUGCGCUGACGAAGGUGUUUGUGCUGGAAUGGAGCCAGGAGUUUGAUUACCAGAUGUAUCAUGGCCUGCCUAUAUCGAUGUACUUCGGAUAG